UAAUUUUUUAUUGUUAUUUAGCAUUGUAGUCAAUGUAAAUUUUCAAUAAAAAAAAUGAAAAUGUUUGAAUACCAUCCACAUGGCUAUAAUAUUUCUGCUAUGGCCAUCGUAUUUAAUUCAAUUCCACAUAUUCGAUUGACAAAUGAAGGUCUUAUACCUUUGUCAAAUACGACAUUCGAUUAUGGACGUAUCGCUUAUCUGAAUUCAUUGUUGAUCACAUUCAUCAUACCAUUGUUUAUUUUGUUGAUCAUUUUUUUCUUUUAUAUACUUUACCUAUUCAUAUUGAGAUAUUUGGAACAUUAUCAAUCGUCAUCAUCAGCAAAGAAAAAAUUUCAAACACAACAACCAUGUCGUUUGAUAUUGACAAUUUUUGGAUUCAUAUCCAUUGGUAUUCUGUUGUAUGGAUUGAUUCUAAUGCAUCAAGGAUUUCGUAAUACAAGCAAUAUAAUGGAUGAAUUUAUUUUGGCCAGUAAUAAUUCAAAACAAACAUUAAGAGAAUGGAAUGAUUAUCUACAAAAAGGACAAUCAAAUAAUAAUUCAUCAAUAAUGCAAACAUCAUCGAAUAAUAAUCAUCCACAAUAUUAUCUUAAACGUUUAAAUGAAACAAUACAAUUCUAUACGAAUGCAUCAUCAGUAAAGCGUAUGAAAUGGGCAUAUAAUAUCUAUCAAUGGUCAACUUAUAGCUUGAUUUUUAUGAAUCUAUUUGAUAUAUUUACAAUGUUAGCAUAUUGGUUAAUAUUGGUUAUAUUUGGUUGUUUUUGCCGUUAUGGUUAUAAUAGUGAUAAUAAUGAUAAUGAUGGUGAUAAUCGUUUGAAACGUUUCAUAUUGAUCACAUUCACAAUGGUCAUUCUUCAAACAUGGAUGUUCGAUUCACAUCUUGUUAUAACGAUGGCAAAUUCAGAUUUUUGUCUUUCGGCUAAACAAUCCAUAGCCGAUAUGGCUGUAUAUAAAUUUCCAGAAAAUAAUUUCACUAUGCCAAUGGUAAAUUAUUAUCUGGAUUGUGAUUUACCAAAACAACUAAAUCUACAGGAACAUAAACAUAAUGUAAUCAAUUAUCUGGAUAGUUUUGAUCGUUUGGAAAUAUUUAAAUUACCAGUGGGAAAAAUAGUGACACAGAAUUGGAAUUUUAUUGAUUCAAUUAAAAAAAAUCUAAAUGAAACAUAUCAAACAAUGACCUGUGAACAUUUGAAUGAAAUUAUCAAUCGAGGUUUAUCACAAUAUUGUAGCCAACCAAUAGAUGGCCUAACAUUAUUAACUACUGGACAUUUUAUACAUUUUCUAUUGACAUUGAUCAUGUUAUUCAUUGUUACUUUUGCCUAUUGAUGAUUGAUAAACAUUUGAAUUAUAUAAAAUUAAAAAUCUGUUAUUUUCGA